AUGAGUUCUAGCUAUUCCUCCUCUUAUGAUUCUUCCUCUUCAUCAUCAUCAUCAAAAAGACCAAGGGCUUCUAGGCGUAUCUCAGCCGCCAAACCACCACCACCACCAAAACCUCAAAAAGAUUCCGACUCCGAAUUAUCAAACCUUUCAGACGUAUCAGAUAGUUCUAGCGGAAAGCCUGCCUCAAGAAGGCAACAAUCAUCUAGCAUUGAUAAAAAUACAGCAGGAGCAGGUGGAUAUUUCGACAAUAAUCAAGAUAUGAUGGAUGACGUUCAAGAAGGAGCAAAUUGGUGGCAAGCUACAAACUCUCUUAUGUCACGCGUAAAUCAAAGAGACACGAAACCAGUGAAAGUAAGUAGUUUCCAAGCUCCAGCUUACGAUGAUCAAAAAAGUAGUUCAGGUAGCUCGGAUAGCUCAGAUUCUGGAUCUAAGAAGAGAUCUAAAGAUAAAGGUAAAGACAAAGACAAAAAGAAAAGAAAAGAAAAUAAUAAGGCUAACGACAACGCCAAUGCAGCAAAUAACGAGCCACUUCAACUCAACCAAGAAAGCGAUCAAAAGAAUCAAAAUGACGCAGUCAUUGACUUUGAUCCAACAAAUGUUUUCAAUGGAAAGACGUACAAAGAUACAGAACAAGAUUUCCUCCUGAUGGAUGUCAGAAGCCCUCUAAUCUGGACCAUUGGAUUCUUAGUUCUCGCAUUAGUUCACAUAGUUCUUACAUUAGUUGUCGCGAAAUUCAAAUUCAAGACAGGACAACAAAACCCAUACGUCGGAGUUACAUUGCCAUUCUUAUUAAAGGGUGGCGCAGCCUAUUCCCAGUGGAUAAAAUCCGGAGAUUGGUGGAGACUCUUCACAUCCAUAUCAUUACAACCAGGUAUUGUUCAUUACGCGGUCAUGAUCAUUUGUAUGGGCCUUCUCUACGAAGUUGAGAGGUUUAACGGCUUCUGGGUUGCAAUGCUCCUCUUUUUACUCAGUGGCUUAUACGGAAACGUCUUUUCUUUACUCAUGGUCCCAGAUACAAUCAUUUGCGGUGCAAGCGGAUGUGUUUCUGGAUGGCUUGGCUUCUCAUUAGUCAGAUUAUGUGCAAAAUUCUCGCAGAAGAGACGUAUUUGCUAUUUAAUCACAGAGAUAUUGAUGCUUGUUGUUCUUGUAUUCGAAGGACUCCUUCCUUUCAUCAAUAACUUCCAAAACGUCGCUGGAUUAAUUCUUGGAAUUUUGAUCUCAUUCUCUUUGCUUCCAAACAACUCAAGAACAAAGUGCCGGACUAUUGCACGUGGUAUCAUCGCUUUCUUGUCAUUCCCAAUCAUGAUUAUCAUUUUCUCUGUCGUUGUUGUGUUUUAUAUCAAAGAUUCGAACAUUUCUACAAAAUGCAAGAUCUGUUCUCAGAUCGAUUGCCAGAACUUCGCUAAGAUUCAGUGGUGUCCAACUAACCAAGAUACUUUAUCUGCUGUUGCUGCUUUUACGGCUUGA